AAGACCUAAGACCCAAGACCCUAAGUUGUCUUCUGCUCUAAUCCAUUUUGUUUUUUCGACUUCGGUGCCACCGUUGGUUUGAAAUUACUUUACCCUUCAACUUCUGAAGCUUGCUUCUUCCAUCCAUGAAUUCACUCUCUUUGGGUUCCUUCGUUCUUAUAAGCCCACCAGUAUGCAAGUUCAAUCCUCUUCUUCAAACGAAACACCAACCUUUUUCGCAUACUCUCUGUGGCAAUGGUCUCAAUCUCUCUCCCAUUUCUCUGACAUCAAAACCCACUUUGUUGCGAGCCACAGACUCAAACACUGAUGCCCCAGUUUCUAUCCCUGAAGGGGCAGCAUCUUUUGUUCCCAUUGCAGAAAUUAUUGAAAAGGAUUGGUCCCUGCUCGAUAGUGGUGAACCCGGUCCGGAAGAGGAAUUUAAGCGAAGCAUCGAGCGAAUUAUAUCUUCUGGGAAGGUUGAAGAGAGUUCGAGUGUUUUGGUUUCAACUGGGUCUGAAGAGUUUGUAGAUUUCUUGAUGGGGUCUACACCCUGCAAGUCUCUGUUUGUUGUACAUGAUUCGCUUCUGAUAUUGGCUUGUGUCAAAGAGAAAUAUGAUAAGGUUAAGUGUUGGCAAGGAGAGAUUUUGUAUGUCCCGGAGAAAUGGGCACCUUUUGAUGUUGUCUUUCUUUAUUUUCUUCCUGCGUUGCCAUUCAAACUUGAUGACAUUCUGGUGUCUUUGGCUAAGAAAUGUUCAGCUGGUGGAAGGGUGAUUAUCAGUCAUACCCAAGGAAGACAAGUAUUAGAACAACAACGACAACAGUACCCAGAAGUAGUAGUUUCGGACCUACCUGAUGAAACAUCUUUACAAAGAGUUGCAGCUGCUUAUUCUUUUGAAGUGGCUGAGUUUGUGGAUGAACCUGGCCUUUAUUUAGCUGCUUUGAUCUACUCGGGGGCUUAAAAACUAGAGUGGGUGCAUUUGAAUACAUAAUUUGAUCAGACUUUCUAUAUGGUGUUUGGCUUUAUGACUGUUAGCUUAAAUUUUUUGGGUAAAGUUAUAAAAUAAUUUAAUUUGAUCGAUAGGUGAGUUUUUCCCUCACUUGUAAAAUCCAUUGCAUGGUAUUUGGAAGGUUUUUUGUGUCUAAGUUGAAUUUUCCAUUCCACUUCAAACAUUCCAUUAGUCUAACAAAGCUCAACCAAGACCACCUUUCUCCAUUCAACUCGAAUCAAACCAACACCAAGAUUCAUCAUCAAGCACUGCCAUCCCCAAUGGUAAAGACUCAGCAUCCUCACCACCAAAACACAUCCAUAUAAAAAACCACGAUUCACCACCUUCUUCCCCACCAACAGAAGUUACUGGUUCUGCUAUCAACAUUCACGGAGAUGUGGUGGCUUGCUAGACCUUGUGUUGGGAUCUUACUAAGGAGGUCAACUAGCUCUAGUGGUUGAAGCCUGAAGGCUGGAUGAUGCAGUGACUAGCUUUCUGCCAGAGUUCCUUCUAGUUUGAUCAUAGAGCAAGGUUUAUGAUUUGAUUUGGGGCUCUGAAGAUGGUGAUGGGUUUUCUUGUAUUACAGGAUGAUAGUUCUAAUUUUAUGGUUGGGUUGGUGCUAUGAGUUUUUGAUUCCGUUUCUAGCUUGAUGUGCUUCUAAUGAUCUGUGAUUCACAGGGAAGGAAUGGUCCCAAAUGAGAUGAAUUUGCUUUUCCUAAUGCUGGGAAAUAUGCUCUGGAGGUGAGGUGAGGUGAGAAUGCUACAUCUAGGUUUGGUCAAUUACAAGGUUGAAGAUGCGCUUCGGUGUCAAUGCCACUUAAAUUUGCUUCCAUUGUGAAUGAAAAAGGACUGAGGGUUUACAUUUUUUUUUUCCUUUUUGGUCUGUGAAAUCAAGACCUUUUAGUAAGGAAGCUCUCUUUGGUGAGAACAUGGCUUUGGGGAGGAUGGUGGCUUUUAGUGUUUUUCAAUGCUAGUUUUUGUGUGGCUUUUGGAGUAUAGUUUAAGUUACAAGUGCAUCUUUUGUUUGAGGUUUUGAUGGAAAGAUAGUGGUGAGGUUCUUUGACGAUGAACUUUUAUGGGUUUGUUUUUGAGAUUGGAGCAUGUGGGAGGUUCUAGGUCUAAAUUGAUGGCGCAAUUAGGCUUAGAGAUGUGAGAACUUUAAAUUGAUGAGUUGAUUAGGCUUAGAGAUGAGAUGAAAAAUACGAAAUUAGUGAGGCAAUUACGCUUAUUGUAUAUUUGAGAAGACGAAUUGGGCAAGAAGAUGAAUCAAGAGAAGAAGAACGAGGACAAGGGGGAACAUGGAAGAAGAGUUAUGGAUUUUUUGUCCCUUUUCUCAAACAUUGUUCCAUAAUAGGGGAAAUUAAUUUAAAACCAACUGAAUAAUUUAAUUUAAGUUAGAAAAAGUUACUUUGCAUUACUAAUUUGACAUGCCAUGUACAGGAUUGUGUUAAGAAGCUGACCUAUGUAUUUGUUAAAACCACGAAUGCAAUUUUAAUUGUUCAGAAGCUAAUGUAUCAAUCACUAGUGAAUUUGGAAGUUUAUUCAAAUUAUUAGGUAAUUCCCGAAUACUAUACUUAGUACAGUAAAAACAGAACAGUGUACGGUACGUAAUCAUUAAGACGUUGGAUUAAACUUAAAAUGUUAUUAAACAUGUUGGACUCUAGGAAGAGUGAGCUCGACUUUAGGAUAAAUUUCAACCCAGAUGGGUCAUGGAAUUUCUUCAACAAUAUCUAGCAUUAAUGAAAAAAUUAAUGAAAAUGUUACUCAUAAAAUAUAAGUUAGUGUGUUAAAAUAAAAUUUAGAAGUUAUUUACAAAUAGACAAUCAAAUCUAUUAUUUAAUUUAAUAAAAGUCUAAAGAAGUGAAUAGGAUCUUAAAUAAUGAGUGAUAUGAAAAAAAUUAAAUGGAAUGGAAUAAUGUAAAGAUUUAUAUAUAAACAUAAUAUUUAUUUAGAUAUGUUUGAAUUACUUCUUUUUAUAAUGAAAAUGUAUAUAAUUCUAUUCUGGUUUAGUAUAGAAUAAAUUUUUAACUAUAGAAUUGAUUUAAUUGUAGAUUAUAAAUUUAUAAAGUAUUUAUUAAGCUGAAAGAAAAUUUUAUUCUAUUAUAAUAUAGUAAAUUAUCUCAUAUGGUUGUGAAUAUUGAAUUUUAAAAGAACAAUACAAGAAGAAAGUAAAAGUAACUAAAAUGAGAAUGUUAAGGCAGAUAUCCG